AUGAUUAUAAAGGAAUAUCGGAUUCCUCUGCCCAUGACCGUGGAGGAGUACCGCAUCGCCCAGCUAUACAUGAUACAGAAGAAGAGCCGUAAUGAGACGUAUGGCCAAGGUAGCGGAGUGGAGAUCUUGGAGAACCGGCCAUACACGGAUGGCCCCGGCGGCUCUGGACAGUACACGCACAAGGUGUACCAUGUGGGCAUGCACAUCCCCAGCUGGUUCCGCUCCAUCCUGCCCAAAGCGGCCCUGAGGGUGGUGGAGGAGUCCUGGAAUGCCUACCCCUACACCCGAACCAGGUUCACGUGCCCCUUUGUGGAGAAAUUCUCCAUCGACAUCGAAACCUUUUAUAAAACCGAUGCUGGAGAAAACCCUAAUGUGUUCAGCCUGUCUCCUGUGGAGAAGAGCCAGCUGACAAUCGACUUCAUCGACAUUGUCAAGGAUCCCGUACCCCCCAGUGAGUAUAAGACAGAAGAGGACCCCAAGCUAUUCCACUCGAUCAAGACACAGCGGGGGCCGCUGUCUGACAACUGGAUCGAAGAGUACAAGCAGCAGGUUUUCCCCAUCAUGUGCGCCUACAAGCUCUGUAAGGUUGAGUUCCGCUACUGGGGCAUGCAGUCCAAGAUCGAGAGGUUCAUCCACGACACGGGCCUGCGGAAGGUGAUGGUCAGGGCCCACCGGCAGGCCUGGUGCUGGCAGGACGAAUGGUACGGGCUCAACAUGGAGAACAUCCGGGAGCUGGAGAAGGAGGCACAGCUCAUGCUGUCCCGCAAGAUGGCCCGGUUCAAUGAGGAUGACGAGGAGGCUGUGCAGCUGGCCAAGGACGAAGCCAUCCAGGUCCAGGUCGCUGGGGAGCCCGCCCAGCCCAACAGCAGCAGCAGCAGCGGGGAACCCCUGGCGGGCCGGGGUCUCAAAAAGCAGUGGUCCACAUCCUCCAAGUCUUCGAGGUCGUCCAAGCGGGGAGGGGAACUGAAGGGGCUCGCUCCCGGAAAGACCCAGGUCAAAGGCACAGGAGCAGACCCAGCCAGCCCUUCCCGCCACAGCAUCUCCGAGUGGAGGAUGCAGAGCAUCGCCCGGGACUCGGACGAAGGCUCCGAAGAUGAGUACUUCGACGCUCAUGAGGACCUGUCCGAUUCAGAGGAAAUAUUCCCCAAGGACAUCACCAAAUGGAACUCCAAUGACCUCAUGGACAAAAUUGAAAGCCCUGAGCCAGAGGACACACAGGUUGAGACAGUGCAGAGAAACCCCGAGCUGGUCCUAGAGGGUGGGCCCCUGGCCCCUCUCCCCCCAGGAGACGGCUUCCUGGAAACCACGGACGCACUCCAGACCCACAGCACAGUCUUUCAAGAGCACGCAGCCCCCUCCUCGCCCGGCACAGCCCCCGCCACCCGAGGCUUCCGCCGAGCCAGUGAGAUCAGCAUUGCCAGCCAGGUGUCGGGCAUGGCCGAGAGCUACACAGCAUCCAGCAUUGCCCAGACACUUGCCCUGUCUGUGAUGUGGAAGACGCUGACCCGCCUCUGGGACAGAGGGCCUUACUCCCCCGCCCUGUGCCUCAAACUUCCAAGGCCUGGCCCACAAGUGACCCCCCUUAGCCCCUACAGCCACGAUGAAGGCUGUCUGUCCAGCAGCCAGGACCACAUCCCCCUGGCCGCCCUGCCCCUGCUGGCCACCUCCUCACCCCAGUACCAGGAGGCGAUUGCCACGGUGAUUCAGCGGGCCAACCUUGCCUACGGGGACUUCAUCAAGUCCCAGGAGGGCAUGACCUUCAACGGGCAGAUCUGCCUGAUUGGGGACUGCGUCGGGGGCAUCCUGGCCUUCGAUGCCUUAUGCUACAGCAAUCAGCCAGUGUCUGAGAGUCAGAGCAGCAGCCGCCGGGGCAGCGUGGCCAGCAUGCAGGACACUGACCUGCUGUCCCCGGGCACCCUGGUCAAUGCGGCACAUGGCGGCAGUGGCAGCGGUGGCCUGGAGAGCAGCCGGCACCUGAGCCGCAGCAACAUCGAUAUCCCCCGAAGCAAUGGUGUCGAAGACCCCAAAAGACAGUUGCCCCGAAAGAGGAGUGACUCGUCCACCUAUGAGCUGGACACCAUCCAGCAGCACCAGGCCUUCCUGUCCAGGCUCCUGCGUUUCUGGUUCCUGAGUCUGCCCCAUGGCCUCCUUCUUCCCUCCCAGGUCAUGAGGCAUGACAAUUCCAGCAUCUUGGAGCUGGACGGCAAAGAGGUUUCCGUGUUCACCCCCUCCAAGCCGAGAGAGAAGUGGCAGCGCAAGAGGACCCACGUGAAGCUGCGGAACGUGACCGCCAACCACCGGAUCAAUGACGCAGUCGCCAACGAGGACGGCCCGCAGGUUCUGACGGGCCGGUUCAUGUAUGGGCCCCUGGACAUGGUCACCCUGACUGGGGAGAAGGUGGAUGUGCACAUCAUGAUGCAGCCGCCCUCGGGCGAGUGGCUGUACCUAGACACGCUGGUGACCAACAGCAGCGGGCGGGUCUCCUACACCAUCCCAGAGACCCACCGCCUGGGUGUGGGUGUCUACCCCAUCAAGAUGGUGGUCAGGGGAGACCACACGUUUGCCGACAGCUACAUCACCGUGCUGCCCAAGGGCACGGAGUUCGUGGUCUUCAGUAUCGAUGGCUCCUUUGCUGCCAGCGUGUCCAUCAUGGGCAGCGACCCAAAAGUGCGGGCCGGGGCCGUGGACGUGGUGCGGCACUGGCAGGACCUGGGCUACCUCAUCAUCUACGUGACUGGCCGGCCUGACAUGCAGAAGCAGCGGGUGGUGGCGUGGCUGGCCCAGCACAACUUCCCCCACGGCGUGGUGUCCUUCUGUGACGGCCUGGUGCACGACCCGCUGAGGCACAAGGCCAACUUCCUGAAGCUGCUCAUCUCCGAGCUGCACCUGCGCGUGCACGCGGCCUACGGCUCCACCAAGGACGUGGCGGUCUACAGCUCCAUCAGCCUGUCCCCCAUGCAGAUCUACAUCGUCGGCCGGCCCACCAAGAAGCUGCAGCAGCAGUGCCAGUUCAUCACGGACGGCUACGCGGCGCACCUCGCCCAGCUCAAGUACAACCACCGGGCGCGGCCAGCCCGCAAUGCGGCCACCCGCAUGGCACUGCGAAAAGGCAGCUUUGGCCUGCCAGGCCAGGGUGACUUCCUGCGCUCCCGGAACCACCUGCUCCGCACCAUCUCGGCCCAGCCCAGCGGGCCCGGCCACCGGCAGGAGCGGACACAGAACCAGGCGGACGUCGAGCAGCGGGGACAACGCAGCAUGAGCGUAGCGGCCGGCUGUUGGGGCCGCACCAUGGCCGGCCGGCUUGAGCCAGGGGCAGCCGCGGGCCCCAAGUAGGACACCGUUAGCGAGGCCUUGUGGUCUCCGUGGUGCUAGGCCAGGGCGGCCAGCCCCGCCAGGAGGCCUGGCCUGGGCACACAAUGUCGGCUGGAGACAAGCUUGUCCCAGGGCCUGGCGGAGGACAUAGGCCGUGCCACACAGCCCUCCCAGCCCUGCCUCAUGUCCUAGGGUCUGAGGGGUUCCAGCUUGCAGGAAAACCUGUCCCAGGAUGACAGAGGGACCAGGACUCCCCACGUGGACUGGCCCGAAAGGCACUCCCAGACACUUGCCCUGCAUUGACCUCCCAGCAUCCUGGGCCCAGGCCCCGCCUGCCACCUCCCAUCCACUAGCUCACCCUGACCCCCAGGUCCCCUCCCACUUGGUAGCAACUCCGAUGGGGGACAGCCUGCUUCUUGUUAACUCUAGUUACUCAACUGUUCAACCUCACUGGUCUUGCACUGAUUUUUGAGAGUGGAGAUCUAUUACCGUCUCCUGUGGCUACAGACUCGUGGACAUGCAUGAAAACCCAACGUUUGCUCAUCUGGGACCUAUUGCCACACAGAAGGCUCCAGGGUGGCAAAUCCUUGUGCAAGCAGGAAGAGAAAGGCCAUAUCUUAAUUUCUGCAGCUCCGCCUGGCCCGCCAACGCUGUGGCAGCCCUGGAUCCCUACCCAUCUGUCCACCUGCCCCACCUGGAACCCAGUCUGGCAGUGAGGCUGGUGAGGCCCAGAGCCGGCUCCCGAGAAGCCACGCCUCGGGCUCCUGGGCCUGGCCAGGCCCGGCCUCCUCUUCCACUCCUCGCCUGCCAUCAGUCAAGGCCAUGUGCCUCGGCUCUCCUGCGUUUCUACACCUUUCUACUUAUCCAAUCUGAUUUCUAUGAGGUUUUUUUAAAUGAGCAAUCCUUGGCUGCUUCCUUUUCUUAACUCUUUCAGUACCAAGCGCAGCCCCUCCACAUGAAAACACCCAGCACUGUGAUGGAGUCCAGCCUGGUUCUGGGUCCCGGGGCCCUGCCCCCUGCCCACGCAGUGAGGUGUGGGGUCCCUGCCUCACCUGACCCCCAUUAAUUCCACUGAAUUUCUACUCUGGGGUGAAUGGGCACACACUUAAGUUUUUUUAAUGCCAAUUCCGUUUUGAUGCCGAAUCUAAGAAGCCACAAUUUGCUUCGUUAGCUUAAGGGCGGGCAGCCACGACUUCAUUCCCCACCUGUCAAGGACCACGAUGUCCUGCACGCUGGGUCUGAGCAUCAGCCCUCCCUCCCCAGAACCGACCACGAUCUCAGCUAUGGCGCUCGGCUCUGGGCGGCCCUUCGACUGCUCCUCUACCUUCUUCUACAAGGCGGGGGAGCCUGCCUGGCCAGGCUCCCACUCUGAGAAGCUGCUGCCAACCUGGAUACGGCCUCAGGGCCUCAUAGGCUGGGAUGGGGAGGCACGCAGAUUGAUGUUCACAUUUUCCCGUGUGUAGAUAUGUACAGCCAAAGGGUUGUGUAAAUGUUCUGCAAAAGUGGGUCUAUACAGAGUGAAAGCUAUUUAUUUUGCGCAGAGAAAAAUUUCUGGAGGAAUAGGACCUUCAGGGUUUGUUCAUAUUUAAGAUGUAGCUUUUUGUUUUUGUUUCAGGCGUUCUGUAUAAAGCAACGAUUAUUUUAUGGACCAAGUUUUAAUGUAAGUGUUGCAAUGAAAGUGCAAUAUCUGACCCCCACUCUGCUCCCCGGCGGGAAAUCGCUUGGCCCGACAAUCACAGCCCCAGCGAGGGGCCCCUGUGGCCAGUGCCUCCUUCUCUGUCGGUCCCACCUCACCCCAUCUUGCCUACUGCCUCGGUGACCAGCCAUCUGGAGAAGCACCUGGAAGAGCCUUGGGCCCCCCUGCAAUACAGGCUGGGAGGCCUCCUGGCCCGGGGAGGCCAUGUGGGCAGUGGGCUCGGCCUCUCCCAGGGGGCAGCUCCCCCAGGCUCCGCACUCCCCGCCUGCCUGCCCAGCCGCCAGCCAUGCCAAGGACAACAGCAAUAGUCCCCUGGGCCUCUCCCAGUGGCCCUUAGCCAUAGAUGGUGAGAUGGGCAGCCCCCCCUCCCCGUUGACAUCUCUCUUCUGUAUCCAGGUCUGCUUCCUGCCUCCCUUAAGAUUCCUUUUGGCACAUUCUCCUCUUAAGGAAGCACCAGUUUUUCAGAAACUAAGAGAGGGAGGGCAGAGUCCUUUAAAAAUACCAAAAAUGUUUACAGUGUUGGGUGCUGAGCUGCAGGGCUCAGGCCUGACCAGUCGCAACCAAAGGGUGAGGCAGGCCUUGCUGACUGCCACCCCCACCCCAGGCCUGUUAGAGUAGAAGCCUUAGUCCCACUCCCAACCCCACACUGAGCCUCCGCCCACCACCCCAGAUCCAACCGCCUGCCUUCUCUUUGAUUUCUAAAGACGGAUUCAGCAGAGACCCCACCCCCAACUUUCCCAGCUCUUUAUGAGCUGCCCCUCCACCACCCCACUCCCCACGCCCCCCCACCCCACCUCGUUAGUUUUCUCGUCUCGGCCCCUCCUGUCUCUCUGUCUGGGCCAUGUGUGAGCCGUGUCCUGACUCGCCCCAUCCGCCCUUGCUUUCCCUGCACCUUUGGGCCUGAGUGUGCUCUGUAUACAGUGUCGUUGUCUG